ACCUCAGAGUGGAGGCUGUCCUUUUAACAAAGCGAAAAGAAGAACAGUGAUGAUGAUUUCACUCUUUCUUCUUCCUCUGUUUACUUUCAGUUCUCGCUCUUCCACACAGUGCGAUCGCUCUGGAACAUAUUUGUUUGAAUUUACUGUGUCAUGACCAGUUUUUUAAAAGAUGAUGGAGCAAAUGAAGUGCAGGCUGCAGAUAUUCAGUCACAGCCUGCCAUCCCCCUGCCUCCCUCUCUUCCUGCUCCUCCCACACUCAGAAACAGAGAGCAUUACCACGUCUUCAUUAGCUACAGCAGCACUGACUACCAGUGGACCCACUUCCUCAUCAGACAGCUGGAGUCCUGCGGCCUGCAGGUCUGCUACCACGAGCGCGACUUCACCCCCGGCCGCACCGUGUUGGAAAACAUGUCCGAAUGCAUCCAGGAGAGCCAGAAGGUCCUGCUGGUGCUCAGCCCGGAGUUUGUGAGGAGCCGCUGGUGUCUCCUGGAGGCCAACAUGUCUCUGUUCAGAGACUGCUUGGAGAGGAAGCCUAUCAUCCCGGUGCUGCUGGAGCCAGGAGUCUCUGUCCCUCUCCACCUCUGCCACCUCACCUACCUGGAGGCCAACGACCCCGACUUUAUGAAUAAGCUUCUGAAAGUGCUCUGCACCCCCAACCAGCAACUUCAAGGGUCCACUGUGGUGCCCUUCCAGCCUCCCUCUAUCUACAACGGGAAGGCCCUGCAGCCUUUGAUGGCCGUCAAUGAUGAGGGACUCUAUACGUGGGAUUCUGGACAGUUCAGUGACAUGGAGGUGCCAGACCAACUGCGCCUGAUCAUUGAGGACCACGAGAAGUACAGAAAUGCUGUGAGGAUCGUCAACAGUGUCUCUCAGAAUAAAGUGUGGCUGCGUCCACUCUGGGUUAGAGUCCUGAUCUACAUUACUGGUGUGAUAUUUUGUUUUGGACUUGUAGGUUUAUCUCCGUAUGUGAUAACUGUAUUCAUUUGGAGCAAUUUUUUACCCAGAUAUGAAAACACAGUCCCAGUUGAAAUAUGGUUGCCCACUAUUUGUAGUCUGUGCUGUUUACCAUUGGGGUUGCUUAUUCAGAUUGGUCUCUGGAAGAGGGAUGAUGAGAAGUACAUAGUGAGGGAGAUGAACAAAGCUAUGGGUCAAGCAAACACAAUCCUCUCUGAGGAGAAGGUUUUAAUGGGCUGUCGGUCCAAUUCUAAAAUCUAUCUGGUGUAUGUUUCCCUGGACGGUUGCAAACGUGAGUUUGCAGAAACGUUUUCUGAGCAGGUUGUUGCUGAGGAUAUGUUUCAAAGAGCUCUGAUCUUCUUCUCAUCAGGUUACGCCUGCUGCCUUGCUAAAAGACACUUUCCCUUUCCCCUGCCGAGCUCCACCGGCCACCUGGAGGGAGGGGUGUGUUUCUGUCAGUAUGUCUCCCAGCAGCUGAGCACAGGGCAGUGGGAGUAGAGUGCUGCAGGGAUGAUGUAAGAGCAUAGACCGGAAGUUUGCAUCACUCUGGUUCCCAGAGCCAAUAGGAUUUUUUCCAUCAGAUUUUGGAUUAAUGCACAAAAUAAUUUGUAGCAAACAAAAGUUUAGGAUACUCUUACAUUUUGUUCAACAAUAUAAUCUCCACAAAUGAACACCAAUCUUAUGAUUUUUGAAACAACUGUCUGACAUUAGGCUGCAAUAAACAGCACCAUGGUAGCAUGAACGUCACCACUAAGCUUCCUUCUAAGCUACACUGUACAAACUUGACAAUAAAACGCAAAAUUUACCAGUUGAAAAGUUGGAGUUAGAAUAGUUUGAAGAGUGCAGAUAUGAGGCUGUAAAUUUGGACUAGUGAGUAAAUAAGUUUCCAUGUUCAGCCUGAUGAUGUUUAAUGCUCCCGACAACCUCUGUAGUCUCCUUUAGCCACUUGUUAGCAGCACUUUUGUAAAACACAUCAAAUCUUCAAAAUUCAUGAGUGAGGUAUUUACUGUCGUAUUUUAUGUCAUGGACCAAACGUGAAAAUCUCUUCAGCUUGUGUCACCCACAGACCUUAUUUCAGGCAUCUAACCAAAAAGCCAUUCAAAAAAUUGACUACUGACCAUUGACUUUAAGACGAGGGAGCUGAAAGCACAACAAUGUGAACUAAUUUCCAGGUUUUAGGACUCAUUCCUGCAGCACUGUAUAGCAGCAACAGCAUAGACCAGGAAUGGACCUGCAGUUCGUGAGAAAGUCAGUAGUGAUUCAAGACAUAGAAUUCUUAGGAAUAUUUUUAUAAUGACCACAAAAGGGCAUAAUUAGUCACUAGUCAGGUGUAAUCACUACAGUAUACAGACAAAUCUAUAGGUUUCAUUGAGUAAUGUUAAUGCUUGAGGCUCGCUGGCACUUGUGUUCCCUUUUCCACUUGCCUGAAGGACAACCUGAGCUAAAACCAGUUAAUCCACCAGGGUUUUGGUGCAGUACAGAAUAAAAGCAGCAGACAAAGUGUUAAACAUGAGAAGAAACCCUGGUGUCUUUGCACUCAUUUUUAUAGUUGGUGCUAGUUUCUUUUCUGCGCUCUGUGUCCGAAUGCACCGUUUACAGUAUCAGCCUGCCUGGGUGUGUUCUGGGUUUUUACAGAUUCUCUUCUCGCGAUGCCUCUUGAGUUAUUUAUUGAGUGUGAAUCCAUACAGUGUUACUAUGACGACAAGGUAGCAUCCCAUUACAUUCAGCUGAAUCUGGUCUUUGGACUGAAUGACAGCAUCAUUCGCUACAGUUCUGUUCAUGUCCACAUGUUUUCUCCACAUCAAGUGGACACUCGACACAGAGAGGAAGAAAGGGAAAUGAAAAUUUUAUCAUGUGAAAUAAUUGUGCUUUUGGGUUUGAUCAUUUUGAUGCAGUUCUUUUAAUAAAAAUGCAUUACA